AUGAGCUACGGACCCCCCACGGCCAUCUCAGCUUCCCCGCGAGACUCUGUUUCUCCUGAAGUGAAGGUUUCAGCUGGGAAUAGACUUCCUAGCCCGGGGAAGGUAAAGAAAGCAGUAUCGAAGCCGGCCACUGACUUAGAGAACGGGUCUCCCCCUUUUCGAGUGAAGAAAGGAGUCGGUGCACUUCGGCAUAAGCCUUACUAUUCAUCUAACUCUGUAAGCAGUCCUCCUCAGGGAAAAGAACAGUCCACGCAUGAGCAAGUAUUAAACUCUAACGGAACCCGGGGUUAG